AUGCACAGACAGAACGUGGUCUACACUGACGGCAUGAGGAGGCUGCUGGGGGUCCCACGGGAGUUGGCAGGCUUUGGGUUUGUGAACAGGAGGUGUCGGCAUGAUGGCACCACUCAGCCCUGCAGCCUAUUGUCUACAGGCUGUUUGGUGUGGCUCUCGCUGCUGUGUAUGAAGGACAGUCUCGUUGAUUUUGGUGUAUAUGAUGAGAGCGCCAUCACAAUCGGGCACAUGUACGGACACAGCUGUAUCUGGGGACGUCGCUACAACAAGGAAAAACUGCAAGCUUACUGCCUGUGCUAUAGCCUCAUCUCAAUCUCUAGCGAUACAGAGCGACACAGAGCGAGACAGAGCGAGACAGAGCGAGACAGAGCGAGACAGAGCGACAGAGAGCGACACAGAGCGACAGAGAGCGACACAGAGCGCUACAGAGCGAGACAGAGCGACACAGAGCGACACAGAGCGAGACAGAGCGAUACAGAGCGAGACAGAGCGAUACAGAGCGACACAGAGCGAGACAGAGCGAGACAGAGCGACACAGAGCGCUACAGAGCGAGACAGAGCGACACAGAGCGACACAGAGCGACACAGAGCGACACAGAGCGACACAGAGCGACACAGAGCGAGACAGAGCGACACAGAGCGCUACAGAGCGAGACAGAGCGACACAGAGCGACACAGAGCGACACAGAGCAAGACAGAGCGAUACAGAGCGACACAGAGCGAGACAGAGCGACACAGAGCGACACAGAGCGACACAGAGCGAGACAGAGCGAGACAGAGCGAUACAGAGCGAGACAGAGCGACACAGAGCGACACAGAGCGAGACAGAGCGACACAGAGCGAGACAGAGCGACACAGAGCGACACAGAGCGAGACAGAGCGACACAGAGCGAGACAGAGCGAGACAGAGCGACACAGAGCGACACAGAGCGAGACAGAGCGACACAGAGCGAGACAGAGCGACACAGAGCGAGACAGAGCGACACAGAGCGAGACAGAGCGACACAGAGCGAGACAGAGCGACACAGAGCGACACAGAGCGAGACAGAGCGACACAGAGCGAGACAGAGCGACACAGAGCGACACAGAGCGAGACAGAGCGAGACAGAGCGACACAGAGCGAUACAGAGCGACACAGAGCGAGACAGAGCGAGACAGAGCGAGACAGAGCGACACAGAGCGACACAGAGCGAGACAGAGCGAGACAGAACGAUACAGAGCGACACAGAGCGCUACAGAGCGAGACAGAGGGACACAGAGCGAGACAGAGCGAUACAGAGCAAGACAGAGCGAGACAGAGCGAUACAGAGCGAGACAGAGCGAGACAGAGCGAGACAGAGCGACAGAGAGCGACACAGAGCGACAGAGAGCGACACAGAGCGCUACAGAGCGAGACAGAGCGACACAGAGCGACACAGAGCGAGACAGAGCGAUACAGAGCGAGACAGAGCGAUACAGAGCGAGACAGAGCGAUACAGAGCGAGACAGAGCGAUACAGAGCGACACAGAGCGAGACAGAGCGACACAGAGCGCUACAGAGCGAGACAGAGCGACACAGAGCGACACAGAGCGACACAGAGCGACACAGAGCGACACAGAGCGAGACAGAGCGACACAGAGCGCUACAGAGCGAGACAGAGCGACACAGAGCGACACAGAGCAAGACAGAGCGAUACAGAGCGACACAGAGCGACACAGAGCGAUACAGAGCGACACAGAGCGACACAGAGCGAGACAGAGCGAUACAGAGCGAGACAGAGCGACACAGAGCGAGACAGAGCGAGACAGAGCGAGACAGAGCGACACAGAGCGACACAGAGCGAGACAGAGCGAGACAGAACGAUACAGAGCGACACAGAGCGCUACAGAGCGAGACAGAGGGACACAGAGCGAGACAGAGCGAUACAGAGCAAGACAGAGCGAGACAGAGCGAUACAGAGCGAGACAGAGCGAGACAGAGCGAGACAGAGCGACAGAGAGCGACACAGAGCGACAGAGAGCGACACAGAGCGCUACAGAGCGAGACAGAGCGACACAGAGCGACACAGAGCGAGACAGAGCGAUACAGAGCGAGACAGAGCGAUACAGAGCGAGACAGAGCGAUACAGAGCGAGACAGAGCGAUACAGAGCGACACAGAGCGAGACAGAGCGACACAGAGCGCUACAGAGCGAGACAGAGCGACACAGAGCGACACAGAGCGACACAGAGCGACACAGAGCGACACAGAGCGAGACAGAGCGACACAGAGCGCUACAGAGCGAGACAGAGCGACACAGAGCGACACAGAGCAAGACAGAGCGAUACAGAGCGACACAGAGCGACACAGAGCGACACAGAGCGAGACAGAGCGACACAGAGCGACACAGAGCGAGACAGAGCGAUACAGAGCGAGACAGAGCGACACAGAGCGACACAGAGCGAGACAGAGCGAGACAGAGCGACACAGAGCGACACAGAGCGACACAGAGCGACACAGAGCGAUACAGAGCAAUACAGAGCGACACAGAGCGACACAGAGCGAUACAGAGCAAUACAGAGUGCUAUAGAGUGA